AUGUCGCGUUUCUUCUACGGUGGCGGUAGCGACAGCGACAGCAGCUCGUCCGACGAGGAGGAGGUCUACAGCGAUCGUGAGGAGCAGGAGAAGAAGUCGGAUGAUGAAGAGUCCAGCGAGGACGACUCCUCGGAGGAGGAGGAAGAUUCCGAUGACGAAGCCGAUGAAGCCGGUCCCAACCGUUUCUUGAGGGACGUUUCGGAGAGCGAGGAAAGUGAGGAUGAGGAGAAAGUGACCGUCGUCAAGAGUGCCAAGGACAAGCGGGUGGAUGAACUUGAGGGCACCAUUAAGCUCAUCGAAAAUGCCGAGAAGAUUAACGACUGGGCUGUGAUCUCCGCCGAGUUCGACAAGCUGAACCGCCAGAUCGUCAAGGUUCUUCAGUCCGGCCCUGCUCCCAAGAUCUACAUCAAGACCGUUGCGGACCUUGAGGAUCUCGUCAACGAGACCAUUGUCAAGCAGAAGUCCUCGAACAAGAAGAUGAACACCAGCAACGCCAAGGGAUUUAACGCCGUCAAGCAACGUAUCAAGAAGAACAACAAGGAGUACGCCACUCAAGUCGAGAAGUACCGCGCGAACAAGGAUUCCUACAUGGAGGCCGACGAGGAGGUCACCAAGCCUGCCGCUGCCGCCCCCAAGCCCGUCAAGACCAAGGUUGAGCGUGUCGAGGCGCCUGCCGCCGUCUCCGCCGCCGACGAUGACGGCUUUGCUACCGUUGGCCGUGGUGGCAAGACUCUCCAGUACACCCCCGAGAGCAUCCUUAAGCAUCUCCGUGUGAUUGUCGAAUCUCGUGGAAAGAAGAACACAGACCGCCUUGAGCAGAUCCGAACGAUGGAGAAGCUUUUGGAAGUCUCCCAGUCUCCCUACCAGCGCAUCCGUGUCUACCUCACCCUCAUCUCGACCCGCUUCGACCUCACCUCCUCAUCCUCCGCGAACUACAUGAGCAUCGAUCAGUGGAAAUUCGCUGAACAGGAAUUCACCACUCUUCUUUCCGUCCUUGAGAGCAACCCCGACUACGUUGUCGCCGAAGGUGCCGAAGAGUGGGAGGACGAUGAGAAGCAGCCCCAGCCCACCGACGGUGAGAAGGUCUAUAUCCCGGGCAGCAUGGUCUCCUACGUUGAGAGACUCGAUGACGAACUCACUCGGUCUUUGCAACACAUUGACCCCCACACUUCCGAGUAUAUCGAGCGACUGAGCGAUGAGAAGCAGCUUUACACCGCCAUUGUCCGCGCCCAGACCUAUGUUGAGAGUCUCACCAAGUCUGACAAGAGCGACCCCCGGCAGGACAGCCUGAACCGGGUGGUCAUGAGGAGAUUGGAACACAUCUACUUCAAGCCUUCUCAGGUUGUUACCAUCCUGGAGGAGGGUACCUGGAAGACCCUGGACACCAAGCUGGAUUCGGCCAUCACCCCUCGCAGCAAGACCGGCGAUGUGACGAGCCUCGUUCAGACGCUCUGCAACUACCUCUUCAAGUUCAGCGAUGGCAUCAUCAGAGCGCGUGCCAUGCUCUCUCAGAUCUACUUCCUUGCCCUGCACGAUCAGUACUACCGCUCGCGUGACUUGAUGCUCAUGUCCCAUCUUACCGAGAGCAUCUCGAACUUCGACGUUAGCACUCAGAUUCUUUUCAACCGCACUUUGGUCCAGAUUGGCCUCUGUGCUUUCCGGGCCGGCCUUAUCUACGAAGCUCAGAACACCCUCUCCGAAGUCUGCGGCAGCGGCCGUCAGAAAGAGCUCCUUGCCCAGGGCAUCAUCCUCCAGCGUUUCUCGACUGUGUCGCCGGAGCAAGAGCGCCUUGAGCGCCAGCGCCAGCUUCCCUUCCACAUGCACAUCAACCUGGAACUCCUUGAAUGUAUCUACCUGACCUCCAGCAUGUUCCUGGAAGUUCCUCUGAUGGCCCAGACCUCGUCCGCCCCCGAGAUGAAGCGCCGUGUCAUCUCCAAGACUUUCCGUCGUAUGUUGGACUACAACGAGCGACAGGUCUUCACCGGUCCCGCCGAGAACACUCGCGAUGGUGUCAUCAUGAGUGCCAAGUUCCUUGCCGCUGGUGACUGGAAGAAGGCCGCCGAGAUGCUUGGCUCCAUCAAGAUCUGGGACCUGAUGCCCCAGCCCGACAAGAUCAAGGAGAUGCUGUCCCAGCAGAUCCAGGAAGAGGGCCUCCGGACCUACCUGUUCACCUACGCUCCCUUCUACGACAGCGUGGCUAUCGACACUUUGGCCAACAUGUUCGAGCUCCCCGAGAAGAAGAUUGGUGCUAUCAUUAGCCGCAUGAUCUCGCACGAGGAGUUGGCUGCUGCCCUCGACCAGGUCAACGGCGCCAUUGUCUUCCGCAAGGGUGUCGAGCUGUCUCGUCUCCAAUCGCAGAUCGUCACUCUUUCCGACAAGUCGAUGAACCUCUUGGAGGCCAACGAGAAGACUCUCGAGCAGCGCACUCAAGGCAUGGCCAACGCCUUCCAGCGCGAUCAGGGCGCCGGCGCCCGUGGUGGCCGUGGUCCUCGCCAGGGUCAGGCCCGUGGUGGCGCCAGAUUCCCUGGCGGUCAACAAGGUCGUCGACCUGGCGGACAGCAGUUCGGUGGCGGUGCGUUGGGUGGAGCUAUCAAGGCAUAA